UCUUCGCCGCUUUUCCUCUUCUCUCUGAAGCGCGGUUUCCUCGGGUUUUCCUGAAAUUGUCUGUUUGAGGCUGACAAUCCUCAGAGGGAAUGGCGACUGGCUUAUUCGGUACGGCCGGCACCACCACCCUGAAUCCUGCAGCAGGGGCCGCCGCUCCUUUUUCUUUUGGUGGAGCUACUUCGGCUGCCAGUAACACUAGCUCGACAGGAGGGAUCGGUUUUGGGGCGUUUGGUACUCCAGCACCUGCUACUACAUCAGCUUCAACUGGGUUUGGAACAGGACUGUUUGGAGCAAAACCUAACACUGGAUUUACAUUAGGAGGUGCAACUACAGGAGCCACUGCUACAACAUCUGCACCUUCCACUGGUUUCAGUUUAGGUUUUGGUAAACCUGCAGGUUCUGUAACACCAUUUUCUCUGCCAACUGCUACUACCUCAUCAACAGGCCUUACACUGUCAUCCGCACUGACAUCUGCACCUGCAUCAGGAGCGUCUCCGUUUACACUUAACUUGGGAAAUACUGCUGCCGCAACUACCACAGCCAGCACCGGCCUGUCACUUGGUGCCCCAUUGACUGGUCUAAGUGGAUCACUCUUUCAGAACACAAAUCCAUCAAUAUCAGGUCUUGGACAAAGCACUUUAGGGUUUGGUUUGAACUUUGGAGGUGCUGCAUCCACCGUACCAUCUACCACAAAUGAAGGACUUGGUGGGAUUGACUUCAGCAGUUCAUCAGAUAAAAAAAGUGACAAAACGGGAACCAGACCUGAGGAUAGCAAAGCACUUAAGGAUGAAAACCUUCAUCAGUUAAUAUGUCAUGAUGUAGAAAACUUCCAGAAGUUUGUAAAAGAGCAGAAACAGGUUCAGGAAGAAAUUAGCCGAAUGUCUUCUAAAGCAAUGGUUAAAGUACAAGAGGAUAUUAAAGCCUUGAAACAGCUUUUAUCUGUUGCAUCCAGUGGCCUACAGAGAAACUCUUUAGCUAUUGAUAAAUUGAAAAUGGAGACCGCUCAGGAAUUAAAAAAUGCAGAAAUAGCUUUAAGGACACAAAAAACACCACCUGGGCUUCAGCAUGAAAAUACUGCUCCUGCAGACUACUUCCGUUCAUUGGUUCAGCAGUUUGAAGUGCAGUUACAGCAAUACAGGCAACAAAUUGAGGAACUAGAAAAUCAUUUAGCAACACAAGCCAACCAUUCACAUUUAACUCCUCAAGAUUUGACUAUGGCAAUGCAGAAGCUUUACCAAACAUUUGUGGCUUUAGCUGCUCAACUUCAAUCAAUUCAUGAAAAUGUUAAGAUGCUCAAAGAACAGUACCUUGGCUACCGGAAAACCUUUUUGGGAGAUCACACAGAUGUAUUUGAGGCGAGGAGGGCAGAAGUGAAGAAGUGGCAGAAUGCUCCACGUGUUACCACUGGACCGACCCCAUUCAGCAACAUACCAAACGCUGCUGCUGUUGCUAUGGCUGCAACCUUAACCCAGCAGCAGCAGCCUGCUACAGGGCCUCGGCCUUCUCUGGGAGUUAGUUUUGGAACACCAUUCGGCACUUCCAUGCAGCCAAGUGGCUUGGGCUCUUCAAGCCUUGGAGGAUUUGGAAGUAGUUCAGCUUUUGGAGGCAACGCUUCUGGUGCCUCCACUUUUGGAUUUGGAGCUGCGAAUAAACCAUCAGGAAGUCUUAGUGCAGGUUGGGGGUCUCUGUCUACGGCUGGAUUUAAUUUCAGUAAUCCUGGCAUAAAUGCAUCUGCUGGAUUAACCUUUGGAGUCUCAACCCCUCAUCAACAGGUUUUGGGACAGGAGGGACAGAUGCUUCAGCUUAAGAAGCCUCCAGCUGGAAACAAAAGAGGGAAGAGAUAGACAUUUUACAGAAAAUACAUCUUGCUAUUUCAGCCUUAAUAUCUAUUUUUGUAAAUCAGUGCUGUAAUUUUAUCUCCUAUGAUAUUUUGAUAAUUUUCUUCUUCCCAUAUUGUUAAAGGUUAAUUUUGAAAUAUAACAAAUGUUACUCUUUA